UCCGGUGCGCGGCGUGAACUACAACCCCCACAGUGCCUUGCGGUCCCGCGAGCGGUGAGGGUCCUGACGAGAAGCGGCGGCUGGGGGCGUUGGCGCGGACAAACGGAAGUGUCGGUGACUGUCGGAGACUUCGCCGCCAAGCUGGGAACCGGGGAGAUGGCCGAGACCGACCCCAAGACCAUGCAGGACCUCACCUCGGUGGUGCAGACCCUCUUGCAGCAGAUGCAAGAUAAAUUUCAGACUAUGUCUGACCAGAUCAUUGGAAGAAUUGAUGAUAUGAGUAGCCGAAUCGAUGAUCUGGAGAAGAACAUCGCAGACCUCAUGACGCAGGCUGGGGUAGAGGAACUGGAAGGCGAGAACAAGAUACCUGCCACACAGAAAAGCUGAAGGUUGCUGAUAAAUUGCACUGAGAUCUGGAAUUCCACGGUUCCAAGCCAAGAGAAGACCGAGUGGCUUUUCACAACUAACUACUCUGUGUAGACAGGUUUUCUAUGAUAAAGUGUGCAUUCCUACCACGUCCUGUAGAGCUAGUUUAUAGAGUGACUCCCCCAGCUUCCCAAACGCGGUGUCCUCCCGUCUUGGAACUCGGUCGUUUGUGGUCUUCAUUGUUAAACUAAAACCUGGGCAGUUCCUCCAUAAAACUGUCAGACGUUUUUAGUGUAUUUUUGUGAAGUCAUUUUUUUUCUGCCAUUCCUUUUGUAGUAGCUGUUUGGUAAAAGUUGCUGUAGAAUGUUUUAUUAGAUAGUGGCGAAGUCCCUCAGUUGCUGUUAGCCUGGAGAAGCAGACUUGCAGAGUUCAGGGUUCCUUCACUUUCCGCACAAAGCAGCUGUUGAGCUAACUCUGGAGUGUGGGCAACAGCUACUUUUCCAGUGGCUGAACCAUUGAAAAGUUGUUUGUUCGGUAACAUCCAACAUUACUCUGUUGCCAAAACUCAGAAUCGAAUGGUAACUUCUGAACUGCAUGUGUGGGAACAGAUGCUGAAGUCCGUGAAAAGUAACCACUGCCAGAGCGGCUGCUGCACAGAGGCUGGCACCUGUUAGGAGUUUUGCAUGAGAUUUAACCCUUCAGUAGGACCUUACAUUGUUCACCCACAGUGCUUACCAUAAAAAAUCUGGCAGGAUUUUGAACCAACCACUUCAUCCCUUGUUUGAGCUGUGAUUGGAAAAGAGCUGAGAAAGAGAGCUGUGGAUCUGCCGGCCACUUGGCUAGCAUGUGACGGGCCAGAUGACUGGCCAGGAGCAGGCCCGAGGUUUUAAAGAACAUUCGUACUUUUCUAAAUUCUUGCAGAGUAACAGUUUUAUCAGUGCUGGUGGAAGACAGAUAGUCUCGCCACUCAGAAAUGCAGCACAGGAUGCUGAGCCGGAGCCUGUGACCUGGAAAGUGAACCAUGUGGUUGUCACCACGGAGCGAUUCAUAGGACAAAGCAUGGAUGAUUGAAACCCCUGAGGGCUGGUGUGGGGUCCUUCCUAAAGGGACACCCUUAAUUCCAACAGUACGGUUUUUCUCUUUUAAGUUUCCUUGUUACCAGGCCUGUUUGUACUGCAAACUUACUGUUUAAUAUUUUUCCUAUUUAUAAAUUAUAUGAGGAACACAGCAGAGUCAGAUUUGCCUGUAAUAAAGCUGCCACAGUUGUUCCCCGGCUGCACAGACAUGCGGUCGGUGGAUGGGUGAGACCCUACGCUCGGCCCAGCCAGGCCUGCGGAGCCGCGUGCAGGACGCUUUCCAGCCGCGUGAAUGGAGCGGAAGUGAUAGGGCUGUCGGGAUGGAAGGGCCGCAGAGGUGAGGAGGAGCUGCUGCCUUCACGGCAGGCCUCAGAGGCAGCACCCCACCCACCCCUGCCAAAACACCCGCCAUGAAUAAAGGUGCCUGAGAUCCUGCUA